AUGGCUGGACAAAAGGUGUUCAUUCCGAGAAUGUCGUUGACUCCAUCUGAUGCAAGAAUGCUUUUAAGUUCUAGUGAAGACAAUUUUUCAAUAGUUGUAUCUUUUGCCAUGACUAUAAACAAAAGUCAAGGACAAUCCUUAUCUCAUAUUGGGUCAUAUUUGAAGAAACCAAUCUUCACACAUGGGCAGCUUUAUGUUUCUCUAUCACGGGUUACAAACAGAAAGGGAUUAAAGAUUUUGGUUUAUGCUGAUGAUGGAGAAAUUUCAAAUGAAGCAACAAAUGUAGUUUACAAAGAAGUUUUCUGUAAGUUACUUGGAGAAUGA